UCGAUCAGUGAUCAACUCACUAUGGAUGCAGUCAAUCCAACCAAUGGACAUGAUGAUGUCUCCAGGAAUGGCUAUUACCCAGAAACUGUGAGAAGAACGGAAUCCCUGUCAAGUUGGGAAUACCAGAAUACGGAAGAGAAAGAAAGCGAUGAAUGUCCAUCUGCUAGGAUACCACCGCAAUGUCAGGAUAUGUAUUCUGGAAAACAGAGUUCUGAAGCAAGUAAUGAUAUGGAGAGUAGUGGCAAUGAUGAAUGGCAUAGAGCUCCUCUUGCCAGACCAGAAAGUCUAUCAGCAUCAAGUUCUAUGUAUUCUGUUGUCUCAGAAUCCCGGAAAUCUUCAUUUAAUGCAAAAACUGGAAGGGCAUUCCGUCCUGAAGGAUACUGUUAUUAUGUUGAUCCUGUGGAAUCACCGGAAGAAGCUUACGGAAGAACAUUUGCACCAGCACCUUUAUCCGGCCGAAAUCAGAUAACAACAUUAGCCACAAUAGAAGGGACACCGACACACUACGUGGGCGGUGUGACGCCUGACUAUACAAACAAAGCGUCAGGUUUGGAGUACGUAAAUGAAACCCCACUUAGCACAGUUCAAAGUUCAGACUCAGGUGUUAUUACAACAGGUGAAGAUAUCCCAUUAACAGUUUUGACACGUCCCUUGCCUGAAGGUUCACCUCCACCCAAACCACCACGUUUACAAUCAAAAUCAAAUCAAGAUAAUCCAAAAGAUAUACCUCACCGUUCGUCACUGCCGACCUCACCCGCACCGACUCUUGGACGAGGUUAUACAGAGUACAUGCCUCUGAUUUAUCCUGACUUUGACGAUGGAAUGUUUAGUCCAAUUGUGAAAGAUGACAAUGCCAAGGAGACUGACAGAUUAACUGGUGAUGAGAGACAAUUUGUAACAUCCACACCAAGUGUCAAAAGAAAUCUAUCAAAGGAAUACCAGGGACUUAAGGAUUACCAGGGACUUAAGGAGACAAAGUGUUGAUAUUACCUAGGACUUAAGGAGACAAAAUAUUGAUUUUUAAAAUCAUUUUUAAUGUUGUCUUGAAAUCAAGAUAUUUUUUUUUCAAACCUGCUCUGGAUUUUUGUUAUCAUUAUUUACAAACUGUAUGCAAUAUAUGUUUUAUUUAUGAUUUAUUUUGCAAUAAGUGGUGGCCCUGUAAGUUACUGGUUUAUAUUUUUUUUUGAGAAGGUGUAUAUCACAUGUGAAUACAUUUGUUAAGUUCAUAUAACCAGUUUGGGUGAGUCAGGAUUCAGAAUACAAGACGAAAUGUGGAUCACAAACACUGCGAAUACUUUGUUUUUUUAAGUUUGAUACAUGCUGUGUAUUUAGUAUGACACUGGUAAAUAUAAAUUAAUUUAAGAAUUUUAAAACCCCAAACAAUGAAAAAAAAAACCAACCCCAACCCCAACCACAACCCUUACAACUAUACAGACCCCUCACUGACCUCCAACCCCAACCCUUACAACUAUACAGACCACUCACUGACCUCUGACCUUAACCAUUACAACUAUACCGAUUCCACACUGACCUCUGACCCUAACCCUAUUUGCUCACCACUAAGGUUCUCUGUUUUAUUUGAAGCUCAUGUAAAUUACAGAUGUGUUUUUUGUCUAAAUGAGUCAUAAUGAAGUAAACUAGAGUACCACAAAUAUGAUUUUAGGUUUGUAUAAACCCACAUUGCCAUCCCACUUCAUCAAGAAGCAGUUUAUGUUCAUUAUUGCAAUUCAUUUUCUAAAACCGUGUGAUGUAGAUUUCAUAGAUUUGGUUCUGCAUAGGCCUAGUGUAUACAUGAAUAUAUAAACAGAUACUCUCAACUGAUAUGUGUAAUGUAUAUAUCUCAAUCAUAGUUCAGCAGACUUAUUCAGUAAAUAACCCAUUUUGAAUAACUAUUUUGCUCCAUACAUCAAUGUUUAGUGGCAGUGAUUCCUUCCAGCCUUACUGGACUGUGAUAUACCCCAGAUGAUCCUAUUCUGAACUGUGUAUUUAAUUUGAAUAGAGUUGAAUUGACACUUGUCCACCCGAACUUACCAUGUACAUAUACCCAACAGUCACCUGACCUUACCCUGUUCCCAGCAAUCACCUGACUGCAUGCACACCUAUAUGACCACCUGACCUUACCCU